ACACGCCCAGCGGAGUUGUCCAGCCAAUGAGGAAACGGGCGCGGCGCCCAGCCGUGCAGUUCCUCCCGCGACUCGGGAGUUUCGCCGUCCUUAACUCUUGAGGCUUUUCCCUGAGGGCCAACAGCUCUGAUUGGCCACUGUCGCUAUUGUCGACUCUUCUCUCUAGCCAGCCACAGGACAAGGAGAACCCUCUUCCCUUCUGUUCGGCUACCUUCGGCAUUCCUCGUUGCUGGGGCGUGGUCUCCCAGCGGCGUCUCCUCAUUGGUUAUCCAGGUCGCUCGGCUUUUUCCGGCAGGAGCUGCAAGCAAGCGACGUCUCUGAUUGGUUCCGGCUUGGGUUUCGGCUCUACAGCCGAAGCUGGCGGGCGCGGGCUCGGCGAGCGAUUCCCAGACGCCUGUAACGCGGGCGGCGGGGCGCUGGGCGGUGUAAGGGCUGGGUGGGGGAGGAAGGAGGCGGAGGACGAGUAGGAAGGGGGAGGGGGAGUGGGGAAGGGCUAGGCGGCUGCGCAGACGGCGCGCCUCGCACAGAGCAGCCCCCGACCCGGCCGAAUGCGGGCUUGUGUCGCCGCCGUCGCCGCCGCCUGGGCCGAGUGACAAAGGAAGGAAGGCAGCAAGGAGGAGCCGGCCUUGCAGCCGCUGACAGGGCUUCGGGCUCCGGGCACAGCGCGGACACUUCCCGAGCAGCCGCUGAGCAAAGGCGAGGGGCGGAGGCCGGCCGUGCCGGGGCCACGGACGGGGGAGGGGACCCCGAGGGACGGAAGCGGUUGCCUGGUUCCCAUGUCCCCGGCGUAUGGGGAGCAGUCAGGGAGCCGCUGCCUGGGGUCUGAAGGGAGCUGCCUCCGCCGCCGCUGCCGCCAUGGCCGCUGGAUCCAGCCACCGCCUGCAGCUGCUCCUGGCGCAAUGAGGAGAGGAGCCGCCGCCACCGCCCGCCGCUGACUCGCGACUGCGCUGCCCUCCGGUUCACCCGGCCGCCGCCGCCGUCAGACCGCCGGAUCCCGCUGCUGCCGGAGCCGCAGCGUUUGCCGUCGCAUCUCCGAGCCAUCUCCUCCCUCCUUCCCAUCCCCCUUCUCUUCAAGCGUGAGGCUCGUGAUCCUUCCGCCGCUUCCCUUCUUCAUUGACUCGGAAAAAAAUCCCCGAGGAAAAAUAUAAUACUCAGAGUACUUAUUUUCAAUCAAGUAUUUGCCCUCGUUCACGUGAUAUAUAUAUAUUUUUAAGGAUUCCACUCCACCCUUUUUCUCCUCUUCCAGGAAAGGGAGGUGAAAGAAUUGUAUUUUUCUCCCAGCUCUAAAUCAUCUAUGUGUUAAAUAUCCGUACCGAUCUGUCUUGAAGAAAUACAUAGCUCCUUUUUUUUUUCCUUCUUCUUAAAUAGCUAUACAAAAGGAGUGAAAAGCCAAGAGAACGAAGUCUUUCUUUCUCUUUCUUGCGGGAGAACUUAAUGCUGCAUUUAUCAUUAACCUAGCACCCUAACAUAAAACAAAAGGAAGAAAAGGAUUAAGGAAGGAAAAGGUGAUUCAAGAAGAGCCAUCAUGUCGGGGCGACCGAGAACCACCUCCUUUGCGGAGAGCUGCAAGCCAGUGCAGCAGCCUUCAGCUUUUGGUAGCAUGAAAGUUAGCAGAGAUAAAGAUGGCAGCAAGGUAACCACAGUAGUGGCAACUCCUGGCCAGGGUCCUGACAGGCCACAGGAAGUCAGUUAUACAGACACGAAAGUGAUUGGAAAUGGAUCAUUUGGUGUGGUAUAUCAAGCCAAACUUUGUGAUUCUGGAGAACUGGUUGCCAUCAAGAAAGUUCUACAGGACAAGCGAUUUAAGAACCGAGAGCUCCAGAUCAUGAGAAAGCUAGACCACUGUAACAUAGUCCGACUGCGGUAUUUCUUCUACUCGAGUGGUGAGAAGAAAGAUGAGGUCUACCUUAACCUGGUGCUGGACUAUGUUCCGGAGACAGUGUACAGAGUCGCCAGACACUAUAGUCGAGCCAAGCAGACACUCCCUGUGAUCUAUGUCAAGUUGUAUAUGUAUCAGCUGUUCAGAAGUCUAGCCUAUAUCCAUUCCUUUGGAAUCUGCCAUCGAGACAUUAAACCACAGAACCUCUUGUUGGAUCCUGAUACAGCUGUAUUAAAACUCUGUGACUUUGGAAGUGCAAAGCAGCUGGUCCGAGGAGAGCCCAAUGUUUCAUAUAUCUGUUCUCGGUACUACAGGGCACCAGAGUUGAUCUUUGGAGCCACUGAUUACACGUCCAGUAUAGAUGUAUGGUCUGCAGGCUGUGUGUUGGCUGAAUUGUUGCUAGGACAACCAAUAUUUCCUGGGGACAGUGGUGUGGAUCAGUUGGUGGAAAUAAUAAAGGUCCUAGGAACACCAACAAGGGAGCAAAUUAGAGAAAUGAACCCAAAUUAUACAGAAUUCAAAUUCCCUCAAAUCAAGGCACAUCCUUGGACAAAGGACUCACCAGGAGCAGGACAUUUCACCCCAGGAGUGCGGGUCUUCCGGCCCCGAACUCCACCAGAGGCAAUUGCACUGUGCAGCCGUCUGCUGGAGUACACACCUACCGCCCGGCUAACACCACUGGAAGCUUGUGCACAUUCAUUUUUCGAUGAAUUGCGGGACCCAAAUGUCAAACUACCAAAUGGGCGAGACACACCUGCACUCUUCAACUUUACCACUCAAGAACUGUCAAGUAACCCCCCUCUGGCCACCAUCCUUAUCCCUCCACAUGCUCGGAUUCAGGCCGCUGCUUCACCGCCUGCCAACGCCACAGCAGCCUCAGAUACUAAUGCUGGAGACCGUGGACAGACCAAUAACGCCGCUUCUGCAUCAGCUUCCAACUCCACCUGAACAGCCCCCAGGAGCCAGCUGCGCGGGAAAGACCAGCACUUACUUGAGUGCCACUCAGCAACACUGGUCACGUUUGGAAAGAAAAUUAAAAAGAGGAAAACAAAAACAAAAACAAAAAAACCCUGUUCAUUUUAGUGUUCAAUUUUUUUUAUUGUUGUUCUUAUUUAACCUUGUAAAAUAUCUAUAUAAAUACAAACCAGUUUCAUUGUAUUCUCACUUUUCAGGAGAUCCAAGAGGUGGGGAGGGUUGGGCGGGGAGGAGCAGAGCAUUAAACACAAUCUCUCCCACGACAAUCUUUUCUUUUCUUUUUAAAGUCAGAAGUCCGCUAUUGUAUACCUUAAAAACCAGACUCCUGCCUCACGCCCCCACCGCAACAGAAGAAAACCUGUUCUGUGCUGGUUUAUUUUCUGGAUUUGUUUUCUUUUAAAGCCUGGCGUAAGACUUUGAUACAGUGCACAGCUUGAAAUUGGUUGGGAGCUUAGCAGGUGUAACUCACCAGGGACUUACUGUCACUUGUACAAUGUGUACUUAUCCUUAGGAUUUGAAGACUUGCCUUUGGCGUGUGAUGUCAGGUAUGACAGACAAAAAAAAAAAAGACAAAGAAAAACCAAGGUGUAUUAUUGGUAGCCCAGGGAGGUCACUAAAAUCUGAAGCUCUAAGGGAAGAUCAGAGAUGGAUUACUUAAGGUUUGUUUUGCUCUUGACCAGUGCAGGUGUUGCAGAUGCCAGCUUAGGAAGGCUGCUGCCAAAGGAGAGAGCGCGACAGAGUCUGUUGGGCCCUGAGGUAGAUCUUGGUUCACCUGACCAAAGGCCGCCUGCUUCUCCCGGUAUUGUUUUGAGCUGGUACCCUAGGAUGAGGCUGGAGAUGGUGUUAAGGGGGCAGCUCUGGGUGCAUCGGAAAGCGAAGAACAGGAAGGUGGCAGGCCAGGGGCAGAUCUCACCACUGUGAGUGAGCUUGUCCAGAUUUUAAUAAAGUCGUUUCCCUUAGAAAAACACUUGAGAGAAGACAUCAUAGCUAAGUAAUGUGAACUGUUAGCCAGCCUACUGCUUUGUUUUCCUUACUUUAAUUGAAAACCAAGCUUGCAAGAAUUGCCACAUUCUUAUGCAUAGCUCUAAUUUUAAAUCCAAAUCUAGACUCUGUAUUUAAUUUCUGCUUUUUUAACAUCAUGCUUUUUAAAUUUAUUUAUUGAUGCAUGUCAGAUCGGCCACUAUGAUUUUAAGUGGUAGUAAUAUUAAAAACCACACAUCAAAAUAAUAAAGUCACUUGUAUCUGCUGACUUUAUAGGAAAACUGAUUAUAUUAAUGUGUAUAUAUGUUUUAUAUAUACAUAUAUUCAAUACUGCCUUUUCUUUUUGUCUACAGUAUCAAAAUUGACUGACUGAAUCAUGAAAAGAAUGUUCCCCCACCAUCACCAUUAAGAGUUUUAUUUUUGUUUUCUUUGUUUAUCAAUGAAUGGUGUAAGAAUCAGUCUCUUGUUUUUUGAAGAAAAAGCAAUAUUCCUUGGAAAGCAAGGUGGAUUGAAGGAUUACGUUUGUGUGAGGAACAGAACUCAUAACUAGUUUGUUGAUACUUUUAAGGUUGGUGUCUUUGUGGGCCUUAUAUACUCUAAAAUGAACCUUGGUGCUUAUGGGCCAUUACUUGACCUAUGAAUCUUUAAGGCACAAUCAGUUAUCUUUUACAUUUAAAGAUCACUUGAGUAAUGGCCACCGCUCCUUCCUUCCUUCCCACUCCCUCCCCACACAUCUGCUAAGGUGAGCUGAUGACUAGGGCUGUAGGGCCCUUGGUUAUGUAUGAGACACAGACUCCUUUACCCUCAUUACCUGACCUUAAGUCACGUUGAGGUCUUGCCCUCCAGGUGGUUAGGAAGAGGAGUCUCUUGGCGGCCCUUAUACAGGCCCUAGCACCCUGCCUUGCUUCUCCGACCGUGUGUGUAACUCUCCAAGAGAGUUGUAUUGUCUGCCGAAAUGAGUUGAUGCUAGAAAGACAUCAGUGAGGCUGUGCGGCUGGCUGAUCUCUUCAGGCCACCGAAGGGGUUUCUCAGACCUCCGUUUAGAUCAGACUUGACAAGAAAGGAAGCAAGCCCAAAGCAAACAAAGGCGCUUUUGGUAAAGCGCUUCUCAGAUAAUUGCCGUGCGAAAGACUUCUGAAAUUAAGUUAUUUGACCGCAUAGUUCCUUGAAGGGGGUGACUUGGAAGACCAUUUUCAGAAAGAAUUUGUAAAGAAUCUGAGCAAGCAGGUCUGUGGCCUGAGAAGGGAACCUGCUUUCAGAUUAAACUGCCCAGCCCGACACAGACAGUACUCCAGACUUGGUGUGCGUGCUAGAGUCCAUAAAAGUCAGUGCUUGUUAGUGAAUACUCCCCACCCCCAGAUACGGGGUAAGAGAAGAGUGGAGGAAAGUCAGGUGCUUUUCUCUGUGUGUGUGUGUGUGCGCGCGCGCGCGCGUGUGUGUGUGUGUGUGUGUGUGUGUGUGUGUGUGCGCGUGUGCGUGUGUGCGCACAUGUGUGCGUCCGUGUGUGUGUGAGUGUGUGCCUGUGUGUGUGCGCGCGCGCGUGUGUGUGUGUGUGUAUGUGUGUGUGUAUGUAUGUGGGCAUGCAUGCAUAUAUGAGGGCUUAGGUGCACGAUUUUUCUUUCUCAAGGAUCAUGGCAGGAUCCCAGAACUCUUAUCCAAGUGAGAUCCAGGUCUCUGAAUAUCUUUUUGUAAAUAAUAAUUAAAAGCUCCUCACCAAAUUCAAGCUUGUAUAUUAUAUUUUCUUUCAAUGUUUUUAAAUUUAAGUUUUAUUGUUUUGUAUGUAAAUAUGUGGACCCAGGAACUGUUAUUAAUGAGCAAAAAGUUACUGUUCAGGGCAGUGAUUCUGUUCAAUAACCAGACAAAAAUGUAGACGAGCUUUUUAAAGCCAUAUAGUUUUAACUCUGUACAGUAGGUACCGGCCUGUAUUAUUGUAACAAUAACUCUAGCAAUGUAUAGUGUAUCUAUAUAGUUUGGAGUGCCUUCGCUUCCAUGUUUUUGGGUUUUUUUGUUUUGUUUUUGUUUUCUGACUUCCUUUAUCCAUGUGUCCCUGUGGCCCCCUUUCCCUCUGAGUAACAGCAGAACAGCACCUUUGCCCACUCCACAGUUUGAAUGGGGAGAGGAAACCAUGUUGGCAGUCUCACUUCAUUCUAGCCUUGCCUUUGUUUUUGGUUCUGGGUGUGUCUGUGUCCUCAGUAACAGUGACCGGUUUCAUUGCGGAUGCACUCAGUCCGUCCGGGACUUGGUGGAGCGCUGGGGGCCCCAGAGCUGAAGGGUGUCAGAUGGCAUGGGUUUGUUCAUCGCCUCUCCAAGCCCUGGAGUGGAUCCUAAGCAGAUUCUGGGAGCUCCCGAGCUUGCUCUCUCCUUACCUACUUCCCUCCCAAAUGAGAGAAAGAUUGGGUUUGUUUUAUUUUUAAAAAAAAAAAAAAUCACUGUCUUGGUGGCAUUUGGGUGCCCCCGUGACAUUGUUAGCAGUUACUGCAGGGGUGCUGUGCAGAUGAGGGCUGCGAGUGGACUCUGAGCCCGUUCCUCCCUCCUACCAUCUUGCUAGAUGAAAUAUCAUUUUAAUUUCUUUUUUUAAAAAUCAGUUUAACUGUGCCUAAUAUGGCCCAUUUGAAAGAAAAAAAAAAGUAUUCGUUUUGCCACCAACUACUUCAUGUGUCUUGAAUAGAAGAAGAAAACAAAAAAAAUUCACUACCAAACCAAAGGUUGCUAUUUUUGAGACAUCACGAGUUCAUUGCUCACGGCAGAAGAAUGCACCUUCUCUCCCAUGACAGACUGUCAGUUUUUAAGUCUUUUUUUUUUUUUUUUUUUUUUUUUUUUUUGGCCCAUUUCUUAGGCUUGUGUUUUAGCAAAGUAUACCUGCGUGGCCAUCUUGUCCACGCCAAUGCAGAGGUCCUAAAAGGACUCCCUCUAUUCUCUAUCCCUGUGGACGUAAAGACACUGGCAUCUCUGUUACCUUCUCUUCCCUUUGCAAGGGUUUUAACUUUGGAAUCUUCCAGAGAAAGUUUGGCCAAUGCCAGAUCUCCCAGAGUUGGGAUUUUUGUUAUUUUUUUUCUUUGUUUUAAAUCAAAUUUGUGUCUGGUUCCUAUUUACACUACUGAUUGUUCUAAUCCCAGAGAUGAAUAUGUUUCUCCUCUGUAUGAGAAGUAAGCACCCUUUAUGGUGAAACCUGUCUCUUGUGGUAGAAACGGAAGCCGCUGAAAACAAACAUCAGCACAGGAGAGCCCCAGGCAGAGGUCUCCCUUGAGAUUCUUCCGAAGCAAUCGUUGGGGUCUGGGUCAGUUUCACAGGGUUAUGCCAUUUUAUUCAAGUCCGUUGCUCCGUUGUGCAGUCUCCACCAUAUAAGCAAAAAUGACAGCCAGUACAUAAGGGGUUAGCUUGACAAAGUAGACUUCCUUGUGUUCAUUUUUAAGGUUUUUUUUUUCUUAACUAUAUCUGUCUACAGGCAGAUACAGAUAGGUAUAUGGAAAUGUGCUUGCCUGUAAAAUUUGCAUUUAUAAAUGUGUUGCGAUGGAUCACUUCGGCCUGUACACAUCCAAUUAGCGUGACCACUUCCAUCUUAAAAACAAAUCUAAACAAAAUUUAUUAUUAUUAUAUAUAUAUAAAGGACUGUGGGUUGUAUACAAACUAUUGCAAACACUUGUGCAAAUCUGUCUUGAUAUAAAGGAAAAGCAAACGCUGUGUAACAUUACUACUUGAAUGCCUUUGUGACUGAAUUUUUUUUUUCAUUUUAAAUAUAAACUUUUUUGUGGAAAGUAUGCUCAAUGUUUUUUUCCCCCUCCCCCCCAUUCCCUUGUAAAUACAUUUUGUUCUAUGUGACUUGGUUUGGAAAUAGUUAACUGGUACUGUAAUUUGCAUUAAAUAAAAAGUAGGUUAGCCUGGAAAUGAAAUUAAACUUCACCAGUGUGUGGUCUUUAUUUCAGUGCCCAUCCCCCUCUCUUCACCCUUCCCACUCUGCCAUCGCCACAUGCAGUCACACUGCCGUCUCCACUCCUCUGACAGAGGAAACAUGAAUCCUUGAGAGAAAAAUCAGGACUCUCCUUCUCUGAGAUGACCUUGCUCUGAUGUGUAGACAGGAGGUGCAGCUUCCAGCUUGGAAACCCCCUGGACUUAAUGUAGAGAAAGCUUUGCAGACACUGCUUUGGGGAAAAACAAACAAAAAACCCUGAAAGGGACAGUUGUAAAACAUGUAUAAGCUGCUGUCUUUGGUUACUGUGUCCAUGGUUUGGUGUGGCUGUAUUUAUUUUAACUUCCAUCUUAUUAGUAAUGGUCGUUGGGAGUCUUUGUAAACCAUGAACACCAUGGACAUUGGGUCAGUCCCACCCAUGUAACCAACACGUGUGUGAGUCUGCUCAUUUCCAAUACUGGAUAAUGUAUGUUAACAUGUUAUGUCUCAUAGUGCAAACAGAAACACCAUUUUUUAGGGCUGGCUCAUUGUCAGGCCUAAAGGUUAGAUAUAAGGUCAUGUGACUGCUGCUUCAAUAAAGACAAAUUUAUAUUGGACUCA